UCCAUGUUAUCAGUGUGAUUAAGUGCUUUGAAGAUGUCCUCUGCGGCGACUACGAACCGCGCCAGUGAUACUUGGAACAGUUCCCAGCCCAACCAAAGUGAACAGCAAAUGGAAUACGGCUAUCAAUAUCCUGUGAACCCCAACUUCUAUGGAUAUCAUAACCAUCCAUACCCUCAGGGCUAUGACUACAAUAACGAACAAUACAGAUCCUAUGUGAAUAAUACCGACAAGAUUGUUAAAACGGAACCGACAAAUUGGCCAAAUUACCAAACAGGAUAUAAUGGUCAUCAAGAUAACAUAAAUACGAUUAAUAGAUGGCGGGAGAUGAACAUGUAUUCCCAACAGCUCCCGGACAAUUAUUAUGACCAAGGCUUGCAUGGUGUUAAAAGUGCGUUAGACUUGAAAGGUGAAGACUCGCGAUCCAUCCACUCUCCUAGUCAAUGCAGCAUUCCAGAAACAAGUUACGGCUCCCCAUUAAGCGCAUCCAGCGCUGUCAAAUCAAAUCAUUUAGACGAUGAAGACUCACCCAAUUUAAGAGGAAUUUUAAACAAAACAUCCGCUAAGCGAUCACACGCCUACGUUGAUAAAUAUGGCGAAUCCUACACACAAGAAACGUUACAGCAAAUGAUGUAUCGAAACGAAACACAGAGCUGGAAGAAAAAUGAUGAAAAAGCUAUCGAAAAGGAAUCCAAUUUACAGAGAUUUCAUGGUGAAUAUGAGAGCUUGGAUGACGCGAAGGUUAAAAUCAAGCGAUCAGUGGGCGGGGUAUCUGACACGAAGACAUCGGACGAGCUCUCAGCUAGCUGUCACGAUGUGACGAGGGUUGAGUCAGGCGGUGACGAAGAUUAUACCGACAGCAAGAUGGCCACCGCGCCGGAUGUGCAAGGAUUUUAUCCAUGGAUGAAAAGCAUUGGAGGUGAUGACAAAAAAGAAGGCUCGAAGCGGACCCGACAGACUUACACGAGGUUUCAAACAUUGGAGCUGGAGAAAGAAUUUCACUUCAACAAAUAUUUAUCAAGACGGCGCCGGAUAGAGGUUUCGCACGCACUGGGUCUGACGGAGAGACAAAUAAAGAUAUGGUUCCAGAACAGGAGAAUGAAGGCAAAGAAAGAUGGGAAGCUGACGAAUUCACCAGAUCCAUUUGAAGAUCUGAACAGUAAAGCAGCCAGCGUUAAUGACUUCGCUGAUCCAAGGCAGCAAAUACCAAAAUUCAUGGAUUUCCCGAAUCCCAACUAUCACCUGACCGGCAAUCCCAUCGCAAACAUGAGUCAUUUAACAGGAAACCUAAAUCAAACCUGCAACAUACCUUACGGCGGUGUCGUACCAAAAAUGUGACAAACCAUCUAACUUCUAGAUAUAACUAUAUAAC